AUGAAGCUGGGGAUGAGAGCGCUUGCUCUUGUCAGUACCGUAACCUUGUUCUGGAGUUUCCAAUGGAUUGUUGUGAAUGCACAAGCAGCUGAGAGCGACCAAAGACCACUUCCUUUCUUCUAUGCCAGAGCGAGAAACCAUCAAGCAGAUAUCGCUGCAAGGAGUAACUCGAAGGGAAAAGGGAAAGGUGGUUUCCUCUCUAGUGGCUUCAAUACUUACGCAGAAUACUCUGCCGGCUUCAAGUGGGAUGACGAUCACGAAUCCUUGGACGAAUCCAUUGACAGUUUGUGGUCGUAUGAGUACUACAGUUCUCAUGGCGGGGGGCUGAAUCGGUUCCAUCAAGGAGGCUUCCCGGUCACGUGUAUACCAAAGCAGGGGUCGGGGACAACUUUAAAUACAGCUGCAUCCACUACUGAGCCGAAGAAAGGGAAGACAGCAAACAAAGCAACCGGAUCUUACCUGUACAACUACGACUAUCAGGACAUUUAUGAAUACAAUGAUGAUCCUUACAACAACGACUACGAAUACUCAGUAUACAAAGGUAGACAAGGCAAAUUCAAGGGAAAAGGCAAAGGCAAGGGCAAUGGACACAAAAGUAAGAGUAAGAGCAAAAGCAAAAGCAGGAGUUCGAGCAAAUCCAAAAAGAGCAAAGCAGGGAAAGGUGCAUACCACAAGUACAAGUACAAUCACGACUACUAUGGUUACAACGACGCGCCGGAAACCGAUCGCUGGAAUCAAAAUAGAGGCUCAGGCUUCUUGUCCGAAGCACAAUAUUUCAGAGAUGUCGGCAGAAAGCGGAGAGCAGUGAAACGAAGGCGACCAGGGGCUUACCGAGCACGGCAACAGGAAACUGAAGCACCCAGAAUAGAUUUGAUGGAUUUUGAUUGCUACUUCGGAGCAUUUCCCGCAUUCAGCGGCAUCCCUGACACUAUCAGCAAGCCUACAAUUUCCCCCACCCAAGGACUGACAAAGAGGCCCUCUAUGAUGAUUACUAAUGUUCCAACGCUGUCAGUUUCGCCAACGAUCCCUGCAACUGCAUCACCCACGUCCAUGCCAAGUAUUCCUGCAACAGAACCACCAGUAGCUAUCACAAGUUCUCCCACAGCAGCCACAGUUGCACCCACUGUGUCCCCCACUCUGAUGCCAACCACAACGCCUACUCUUAGUCCAACAGCAGGCACGGCGAAUCCUACUGCGGCAGAAACUACAGCAACCCCAACUGCGCCUCCUUCGGUUGCUCAAACCACCAUGGCGCCAACAGGUACUCCAACACUUGCUCCAACAGGAGGCACGGCGACUCCUACUGUGGCAGAAACAACGGCGACUCCAACUCUUCCUCCAACUGUAGCGACGAUGGCUCCCACAGGGACCCCAACCGGGACCCCAACAGGGACCCCGACAGGGACCCCGACACUUUCUCCGACUGCUGGCACCAGUGCACCUACGGGAGCAACCGCCGCCCCCACGACCUCUCCAACGCUUUCUCCAACCAACUCACCGACGGUCACUCCUAUCGUUCUUGAGAGAAUCUUAGUUUCAACGUUGUCAUAUGGCUGGUUUGGGGAUUCAGAACCAACGAGAGAACCAACACAAGAAGAGAUUGAUGGUCUAAUCGUAGAGACAAUUCCAUUUUACGACAAGCUGUUUCGACAGGAAUAUGGCGAUGUGUAUCACAUGUUCGACAUGACACUGAACGAAGCGGUAUUUACUCUUGGGGCCGACGACCCUUUUCUCAUGGAUGUUAAUGCCAUUGUAACGUUCUUCCCCAACAUUACCGCGAAUCCCACAAAAAACGACUUAUUUGGUGUAAUGCAAGCAACAGCAGCGGACUACCAGGACUACAUCACAAAUUAUGUUUGGAACGCAGAACCAAUGGGGUCCAUCUUUGGAGAUGUAGAGAUUGUCACUUUCAGAGCCAAGCCUGGUGAGCUGGGCUAA